CGUGAUAAUUGGAUGAAACCGGAGCGUCGGAUAUAAUCAUAACGAUUACCGUACCACUUGACUUCGGAAUCGUACCGCUGCAGCCGUAUUCGUAUCUUCUGUGUUGGGAGAACCAUUACUGGAACUCUGGAAGUCUUCUGCGUUGGGCUUAAGAGAACGAUACUCCGUUUAAUUCAGUUUCCUUGACCGUCAACUGUUUGCGUUAGGGACUGAAAUGCAAAUUAGUUACUCUUUAAAUUAAAUAAUUGCAGAUGUACCGUACCUCUGCAAUUAUAAGAUGCACGGUAGAAAUUUCCUUGAUAUGAUUUCAUAAGCAAUAACCAAACUUAACUACAGAGAAAGAUCUCAAAUUCUCUUUGUGCGAGUUCUGGAUUUUAAUUGAAGAUAUCUGCAAUUCGUUGCGUUUUAAAAUGGCUCAGCCUCUCGUGAAGAAGGACGACGAUCGAGACGACGAUCUGGACUACUCUCCAUUCAUGGGGAUAGAAAAGGGCGCAGUCCUACAGGAAGCUAGGGUCUUCAAUGACCCUCAAUUGGAUGCAAGAAGAUGUUCACAGGUCAUCACAAAGCUUCUGUAUCUUCUAAAUCAGGGGGAGGCAUUUACAAAGGUUGAAGCGACCGAAGUUUUUUUUUCUGUGACCAAGCUCUUCCAGUCAAAAGAUAUUGGUCUUAGGAGAAUGGUUUAUUUGAUUAUCAAGGAGCUUUCACCCUCGGCAGAUGAGGUUAUCAUAGUAACAAGCUCCUUGAUGAAAGAUAUGAACAGUAGAACUGACAUGUAUCGAGCAAAUGCUAUUCGUGUCCUAUGUCGAAUCACAGAUGGAACCCUUCUCACUCAAAUUGAAAGAUACUUAAAGCAGGCUAUUGUUGAUAAAAAUCCUGUUGUUGCCAGUGCUGCCCUUGUUAGUGGAAUCCAUUUGCUUCAGACAAAUCCUGAUAUUGUGAAGAGAUGGAGCAAUGAGGUGCAAGAAGCUGUUCAAUCAAGGGCUGCUCUUGUUCAGUUCCAUGCACUUGCUCUGCUGCACCAGAUACGGCAAAAUGACCGUUUAGCAGUCAGUAAGCUAGUCACUAGCUUGACAAGGGGGACAGUCCGCUCACCUCUGGCUCAAUGCCUUCUGAUCCGUUAUACUAGCCAGGUCAUUAGAGAAUCUGGAGUUAAUAAUCAGACAGGUGAUAGGCCGUUCUAUGAUUACUUGGAGGGUUGCCUCCGUCACAAGGCAGAGAUGGUUAUUUUUGAAGCAGCCAAAGCAAUUACAGAAUUGAGUAGUGUGAGUAGUCGGGAGUUGACUCCUGCAAUUACUGUGCUACAGCUCUUUUUAAGCUCUUCCAAGCCAGUUCUUAGGUUUGCUGCUGUCCGAACAUUGAACAAGGUGGCAAUGACACAUCCAAUGGCUGUAACGAACUGUAAUAUCGACAUGGAAAGCUUGAUCUCAGAUCAAAACAGAAGCAUAGCAACACUUGCCAUUACGACUCUUCUUAAAACUGGCAAUGAAUCAAGUGUUGAUCGUCUAAUGAAGCAGAUCUCUAAUUUCAUGUCCGACAUUGCUGAUGAGUUCAAGAUCGUUGUGGUGGAAGCCAUCAGAUCUUUGUGCUUAAAAUUCCCCCUCAAGUACAGAUCUUUGAUGAAUUUUUUGAGCAAUACAUUGAGGGAAGAAGGCGGGUUCGAGUUCAAGAAAGCUAUUGUUGAUUCAAUUGUGAUUCUCAUACGAGAUAUUCCCGAUGCUAAAGAAAGUGGGCUCCUUCAUCUCUGUGAAUUUAUUGAAGAUUGUGAAUUCACGUAUCUUUCCACUCAGAUUCUACACUUUCUGGGAAAUGAAGGACCUAAAACAUCCGAUCCCAGCAAGUACAUUCGGUACAUCUAUAACCGUAUCAUACUAGAAAAUGCAACAGUCCGGGCUACUGCUGUGAGUACAUUAGCGAAGUUUGGAGCCAUGGUAGACUCAUUGAAGCCUCGCAUCUUUAUCUUGUUGAAACGAUGUCUAUUUGACAAUGAUGAUGAGGUCCGUGAUAGGGCAACACUUUACCUGAACACCCUAGGAGGUGAUGGUGCAGUUGUUGAAACGGCUGAAGAGGCAAAGGAGUUUUUAUUUGGAUCUCUUGGAGUCCCAUUAGCAAAUCUGGAGACCAGUUUGAAGAACUACAAUCCCUCCGAACAGCCUUUUGACAUCAGUUCUGUACCAAAGGAGGUUAAGGCUCCACCCGUUGCAGAAAAGAAAGCACAGGGCAAUAAAAAGCCCAGUGCGUUGUCUGCUCCUGCUUGCACCACUCCAACUCUUGAUUCAUAUGAAAAUUUACUUUCCUCCAUUCCAGAGUUUGCAAGCUUUGGGAAGCUUUUCAAGUCAUCAUCACCAGUGGAGCUUACAGAACCAGAGACAGAAUAUGCAGUAAAUGUGGUGAAACACAUAUUUGAUAGUCACGUUGUGUUCCAGUUCAAUUGCCUGAACACAGUUCCUGAGCAACUGCUAGAGAAUGUCAGUGUUAUUGUUGAUGCUUCUGAAGCAGAGGAGUUUUCUGAAACAGCUUCUAAACCACUGGACUCCCUUCCAUAUGAUACCCCCGGGAGAUCAUUUGUUGCAUUUGAGAAACCAGAAGGAGUCCCUGCAGUUGGGAAGUUCUCCAACACACUUAGGUUCCUUGUCAAAGAGGUUGAUCCAUCUACUGGAGAAGCAGAGGAAGAUGGUGUGGAAGAUGAAUACCAGCUUGAGGACCUUGAGAUAGCGGCUUCUGAUUACAUGAUUAAAGUGGGUGUGUCCAAUUUCAGGAAUGCCUGGGAAAGCAUGGGUGCAGAUUGCGAGCGUAUUGAUGAAUAUGGUCUUGGCCCAAGGGAUAGCUUGUCCGAAGCUGUAAAUGCCGUCAUAAAACUUCUUGGCAUGCAACCCUGUGAGGGCACAGAGGUUGUUGCUAGCAAUUCAAGAUCGCACACAUGUCUAUUAUCUGGUGUGUACAUAGGAAACACGAAGGUUCUGGUGCGGCUAUCAUUUGGAAUUGAUGGACAAAAAGAGGUUGCCAUGAAGUUAGCCGUUAGAUCAGAAGAUAUAUCAAUUAGUGAUGCCAUUCAUGAAAUUGUGGCAAGUGGUUAGUUUUUGUUUUAUGGAGAGAUGAAAACUGCUAGUCAUUUAGGUUGAGAUUGGUUUUGCUUCAUGUGUUUGAGGUCAACACCAUUGGUGUACAUUAGUUCUAUUUUUGUGUACUUGUUCAAUAGAUCUAAUUAAUGGAUUUAAUGAUAAUGAAAUAACAAUAAUUUUUGUUAAACGGUAAAUACAUUUGAAUACACAUUUACUAAUU